CUAUAAAUAUUAUGACAGUAGCUACAUCUGAUAACAGGUCUAUAGAAAACACGUCUUUACGGUUUAUAGCAGCUAUUUAAAGUAUGUAGUGCUGGUGGGAAACAAAAUGCCAGAACAUUGAUGAUGUUUAAUACUGAUACUUUUACAGCAUGAUUCAUCAAAAUACUAGACUGCACUCUGAUGAGUACUUGCUAUUUUAAGGGGAAGUGCUAUUCUAAGCAUGUCGCACAGUUCCCACUCCUAUGCAGCCUUCUUAGGGACGUGUCCUGACACAAAUUUGAGAGUUUGAAUAUGUCAAAAUAAUGUAAAAAUAUUCCAGAAAGUGUUAUUGUCAGUGACUUAAACUGUAAAUCAUUACUAUAAAAAACAUUAUCCUGUGCCAUGGAGGAUUUAAAGGAACACGGACAAGCAGCUUUGAGCUUCUGCGGUGUGAGCAUAUACUUUGUUCUAUCCUGUAAUUUAUUAUGAAUGGCCUAAACUCGUCUGCCCUCCACGUGGGUGUGGAUCUCACAUUUUAAUUGGCUGAGAUCAGCAGCGUCCUGAAGGAGCUCUGCUGUGAUUGGCUCGGUUGCUCCGGGGGUUGUGGGCGGAUUUUCAUCGACGGUGGAAGUGGGAGACUGUGACAAUGUUCAUUGUCGGUACAUCCACUGGGGCUGUUGUAGGUUUGAGAGCGCUGCGGAGAGCCUCUCGCUUUUAAGCCGAACAAGGCUUGCAGCUCCGCUCCAUUGAAGGUUGCAGCAACCUCAGUUAACAUUCAGAAGGAGUUUAUUUAGAUUUUUAAUCAAACCUCUUAUUUUUAAAGGUUGUUACAUACGAUCGCCUAUAACAUUUUUUUUUUUUUUUUUUUUUUGCUGACAACACAAUUACGUUUCUGUCUGGCUCUUGCCCAAUGUAGCAUUUCGGAAGACUUGCUUGCAACUUGGAAAAAAAAAAAAAAAACGCUGCAAAGAGAUUUAAAUAAGGAGAACAAACAAAGAGAAAAGCGGUUCUGCAGUGUAGUUGAUUUCCUGAGGGGAUGUUCUGAUGAAAUCGACCGGACUUUGUUUUAUUUUGACUCUCAGAGGACACACCGAAGGUUUAAUAGAGAGAACGCUCUGAGUGCUGCCUUCUAAGGGACGAUAGUCGAAGCGACGGAUUCCGCUUCCUCAUCCUAACCCUUCUCUUCAUCCCCGACUCUUGCUCGUCUUGUCACCCCCUUCCCUUCCCGUCCCUUCCCCCCGCCGUCUCUGAGCACAGGUUAUCGAAUGGACCAGCAUCCCAGCGCCCGGAGCUGCACCAGUCGCGGGACUUCGUCCUGCGAGGCCGUCCCGGCGGAACCUUCCAUGAAUCUGUACAUCCACUCCACCACAGGCACACGCUUUGAGCUCUCCCUGCCCCAGGAGGAGACCGUGGAGGGACUGAAGAGAAGGCUCUCGCAAAGACUUAAAGUACCCAAAGAGAGACUCGCUCUGCUGCACAAAGAAACGCGUCUAAGUUCAGGCAAACUCCAAGAUCUAGGCAUCUCUGAUGGGAGCAAGUUAACGCUUGUACCAACAGUUGAAGCAGGAUUAAUGUCUCAAGCAUCAAGACCAGAACAAUCAGUAAUGCAAGCCUUGGAGAGUCUAACAGAAACUCAGGUCAGUGACUUUCUGUCUGGGCGCUCCCCGCUCACCCUGGCACUGCGUGUAGGGGACCACAUGAUGUUCGUUCAACUUCAGCUGGCAGCGCAGCAAUCCGGAGGUCCCCAGCUCCAGCAUCGGCACCUCAUCACCCGGGGAAACACAGAGGCCGCCACAGGACAGCCGACAGGGCAGCAGCCCCGAGUACCCCACACUCAUCCGCUCUCCCCCCACCACCACCCCCAGCAUCCACAUAAUCACCCCAGCCCCCACUUGUCCCAGCCCCAUCCUGUCCCUUCCUCCUCCUCUUCUCCAAGCUCACCUUCGUUCCUGUUGCCUACCAUGCACCACCAGCCGCUCCCUCCUAUGUACCACCAGUCACCCGCCUCCACUCACUGUAGCCCCCCUACCCCCCCACCGCAUUCCCCUCGCCCAUCCCACAUCCCUGGGGGACUUUUCCGCUCUCCAUCCCAUCAUCACCAUCAUCAUCACCACCACCACUACCACCAGCCCUCCUCCAGUCAACCCAGCCAGGACAUUGGCCAGGUCAGCCCUGCAGCCCCAGUUCUGUGCCCUGAGGCUAACUGCAGCACCAACAGCCCUAGCAGUGGAUCUAGUCCUUCAGCGCGCUCACGAAAACCUGGUGCCAUCAUUGAGAGCUUUGUCAACCACGCUCCCGGAGUCUUCUCAGGGACCUUUUCAGGCACUUUGCACCCUAACUGCCAAGAUAGCAACGGGCGUCCAAGACGUGAUAUCGGUACCAUUCUGCAGAUCCUCAAUGACCUCCUGAGUGCCACUAGGCACUACCAGGGCAUGCCUCCCUCCCUCACUCAGCUCCGUUACCAGACUCAGUGUGGCUCUCCCACCUCCCCAUCUCCUUCACCUCCCCCUUCGCCUCCAGUUGUUGGGAUGACAGGCCACUCUGCCAAAGCUACCUCUGUGCCUCCUGCCAGCCUGAGCAGCCCUCACCCCGCUCUUCACCCACUGGUGCAGUGCCAGAGCCAGAUCCGCAUGUGCAAACCCCCUGGUGACCGCGUUCGUCAGACCGAGAACCGUGCGACCCGCUGCAAGGUGGAGCGUCUGCAGCUGCUGAUGCAGCAGAAGCGCCUGCGCCGGAAGGCCCGGCGGGACCAGCGGGCUCCUUACCAGUGGCUGCCCAACCGCAAGGCCGGGCGCAGCAACAGCAACAGCAGCAUGUCCAGCGAGGGCUCCCUGGAUCUGGACUUUGAAGACUCGGUGUGGAAGCCUGAUGUCAAGGCCGACUUGAAGUCCGAGUUUGUGAUGGCCUGAACCUAUAUUCUCCCUCUUCUUCGUGAAGAUGUAUACAUUUUGUGAAGCGUUUCUUGGGAUUAACGUGGAAAUGUAAUAUGAAGGGAGUGUAUUGGCAAGAGGUGAGGGGAAACAAAAAGUUGUCCUUGUGACUGUUAUCUGCCACAUGGAAACAAAGACUCCCUGCAGACGUUAAUCCCUUUCUGUCCUUCACAGCUGACAUUGUGAAAAGCAGCAACAAUAGCAAAGGAACUUCAGUGUGAUGUUUGGACUUUACAGGCAAAAAAAACUGGACUUUACAGUGUACAAGACUUUUAUUUUGGAGGUGUGAUAUUAAAGAUCAUAUCUUCACUUGAGCAUAGCAGAAUUUAGUGAGUGGUGGUAUUUUCGGAUUUUGUUUUCUACAUUUUUUUAAGUGCACUCUGGGCAGAAAUGAAGAGAUCCAAUUAUGGACUUAUGAUCAGAACAGGAGCACCAGAGACUGUGGAAAUAUUCCGAUGGGCAUUCUUAUUGUUCUCAAAAUCAAUCAAUUAGAGUCCAGGUUUUUUUUUUCCGUCUGUUACGGAGUGGUUAAACCUUUUUUUCUUUUCUUUCCACUUUUAAGCAUAUUAUCUUUUAUAAACAAAAACAAUAUGUAGCAUUGUUCACAAAGCAUUCAGGUUUUCAUGUAACAGUUCAAAGUAGUUGUUUAUUUGCACAAGAUGUUGAUUUAUAACAGCUGGUCAAUAUGUGCAAGGAGGAGGAGAUGGGGCCUGAAAUAGAAUAAUAAUAGAAAAAGAAAAUGACUAUUGAAGUAUUGAUGUCGACCUCAGUGACAAAGGGUAUCGAUAGGAACGAUUAAUAAAUGAACAAAAUGAAUUAAUAUUACAAAGUGCUUUAGAGGAUUUUAAAAUCUUUAAAAAAUAUAUAAUAGAAAAAACUCUAUUUUUGUUUCUCUUCCUAUCUGCUGUUUUCUAAAAACAGCAGCCCUCUGUGGCUUUUAGUCAAGUUGUUGACUGUCAGCAAAUAUGUACAUCCAUUCAACCAUUUGUUUGCCCAUUUGUGGAUUUAUUUUGUCUCGCCACAGCAAACGAUACAGAAAGAUCACUGUCGUCCAGCCCCAGGUUGAUGUCUUGCAGACCUGAAUUGACUUGUCAAGGGAGUUUGUGUACAUAAAUGUGACAAUUUUGCUAAUGUUUAAGAGGUUGUGUGUGUAUGUUUGGCUUAAUCUUUUUUUUUUUUUUUUAGAAUAUUCUAUUGUUUCUGUGGUUUCCUCCUGAAAAACUCCACAAUUUCCUUACGUCAUGUAAAUCAGCCACAGCGAAAGCGUUUGAGGCCCUUUAUUGCAAGGUUUAUCAAAAGUGGGAGGAGCACUGGCGUCAUUUUUCUGGCGUCAUGAUCUAGUGCCUGGACCAGUACACCCAUUGACAUAUCAGGUUAGGUCUUUCCCAGUUCUGCUGCUACACACGGGAGCUUAAAACGAAAAACAAAUAAAAUAAAUCAAAGCUAAAGGGGAAAAAAAGUUACUUUUCUUUGCAUGCAGAGGUGUGAAAUUACAAAGAUCCAUUUUUUUAUAUAUUGAUGGAAGAGAAAAUACAAAGUGGUGCUUUGCUAAUGAAGGUUAACAACAUGCAUGAAUUUGUGAAAAAAAAUUAAACAAUGCUGCUUGUGUUGGUUAGGUUUUGUGACCUAACAUGUCAAUGUUUGUUAAAAAACAACAGUGUCCUGCUAAAGAGUGAUAAAGCAAAACCAAAACAGAUGAAGAUAAACGUCGAACCCGUGUUGCGGCUCGGCACCGAACAUUCCUGUUUUGUGACGAUGAAGAUGAUGAUGAGCAAAGAGCAAAUGACUCUCUUCCUCUCUCUCUCAAGACUCCGAGCACUGUUUUGUUUUGUUUUUUUGUUACCCAGACAGCCGACAAAAACUGUUAAGCCAAGCCUCCUCCUCCUCCCAGUCCGACAGGAGCUUGCGUGGACGUAUGUCCACAGGGAACCAGCAGAGUGGUGGAUUUAAAAGAACUGUCUGUCAAAAUUCACCCGAGAGAAGCAUCUUUUAUCAGCCUGUCCGACUGACCACCCCACACCACGAUUGCACUCCCAGAAGUUGCAGUGAGAGAUUACCUUUUUUGGGUAAACCUCAUAGUUUUUGUUGUUGUUUUCUUUUUUUUUUUUUUUAAGUGGCCUUACCUUUCACAAAAAAAAAUUGAGACUCUUGGGGACAAUAGGGAUGGGAAUGUUCUUUUUCUUUCUUGUUUGUUUUUUAAACUUUCUGUGCAUAUCGUCGUUGGGCUUUUCAUCAAGGCAUCGUUUUGUUGUCACUGAGGACACUGGGCAUCUGUUGUUUAGUGCUUUUAGCUGGUGGAGUCUCUAUUAUGUCAAGGCUUCUGUGCCUUAAAAAUUGCCCUUGCAGUGUCAGUGUCAAUUGAAGCUUGUUUUCGUUGGUUAUUAUGUGACUGUAGUAUUUGCAGCCACGGCAGUCAUAGAUUUUAGGGGUAAAUCUUGUUUGGGCAAAGCCAAUACUAUUCAGUAGUAGACGUUGUUCCUCAAACAAGGUCUUUAUCCUAUUUUUUUUAUUGUGUUACCAUGUUUGUUGCUCUGUUAUUUGAACCUCAUGUCCCUCCGAGCAGUACUUAGAUGGAAAGAAGCAGUCCUGGCUCAGAAUGAGAAAGGUCCUGUGAGGACUCCAGACUACAUGCACUUCCUGUUUCCAUGGAUACAACAAUUAUUAAAGGACAAAUGAACCCCAAUCCCCUCCCAAAUUUUAUUUAUUCAGAAUUUUUUUUCAUAUAUGUAUGAAAUAUACUCUGUGUGUGCCUCACUUCUGUGUGAAACUCGAAAAGAAGAAACAAAACAAAAAAAGAUGACAAAAAGCAUUACAGAGAGGAUAAAUAACAGACAGUAUGUUGGUGGAAAUCCUGAUCAUUUAAGUUGCCUGUUCUUUCUUGUAGCCAACUAUUGAAAAUAACAGGUUUCAAGAAUACAAUUUACAAUGUUCUAGCUCUAGACCGGUGUAGCACAUGUGUGACUGUAUUAAUUUAUGAAACCAAAAUGGUAACUGUGAAUUAUGUAUUUCUUUGUGCAUUUUUAAGAAAAACAAACAAACAAAAAAACGGUGGGGGAGAAGGUUGUCGCGACACGGGCUGCAGCUCCCGCUUGUGUCUGAAAGAAAACUUUUCUUUUUCUUUCUUUUGGUGGAAUAUGAUGGAAACUAAAGCUUGUUUCCAAAAAAUAAAAUAAAAAAUGGAAAAAAAGAGAAAAAAAUAUAUAUAUGAAUAUAUUUUUUUUCUUAAGCAAUACAUUUCAGUGUGACUUGUGAUAGAACAUUUUCUUUUUUAGGUAAUAAAUAAAUAAAAGGCAAAGUGAGAACAA